AUGGCCUCUUCAGCAAUCCAUAUGUCCCGGCUUGGCGGGCGAGUCUUCAACCACAGCGCUAGCCAAGACAUAGAGGCCGAGUAUGACCGGCUGCGCGAUCUAGCGCGGGCCGAGGGCGACAAGAAGAAGUCCUGCUUCGAUCGGGCUCACGAGGCAUAUGAGCGCGGAGACGGCGCGCAAGCCAAGGAACUCUCGGACGAAGGCAAGCGCCAUCAGAAGAAGCAAGCCGAGUACAACAAGCAGGCGUCCGAGCUCAUCUUCCGCGAGAACAACGCGCCCGGCCGCGUCGCCGAGGACACGAUCGACCUGCACGGCCAGUUCGUCGAGGAGGCCGAGGACAUCCUCGAGGAGCGCAUCCGCUACGCCCAGAGCACCGGCCAGAGCCACCUGCACGUCAUUGUCGGCAAGGGGAACCACUCGACGGGGCACGUGCAGAAGCUCAAGCCGCGCGUCGAGCGCCUGUGCCAGGAGCUGGGGCUCGACUAUGCCACCGAGGAGAACGAAGGUCGGAUGUAUGUCGACUUGAGGGGUGGAAGAGUCGAGGCGCCGCCUCCGUUGCCUGCGCAGCCGCCGGGUUAUCAGGGAGGGUAUGGUGGUGGCGGUGGUGGGCAUCACCAGCAACACCAUCAGCAUCAUCACGCUGACAGCGGCGGCGAAUAUGGGCAGCGGCCACCACAGCAGCAGCACCAGCGGCCGCCCCCACAGCAACGGGAGGAGGAUAUUUUCAGUUGCCUCAAGAGCUGCUGUCUGGUCAUGUAA